GUGGCUGGCUGCGGAUUCCGUCGCUGGUGGAAGGGGAAAGAGGCGGGAGAAGCGGCGAGAGCCCCGCUGAAGGGCAGUCUUUUCUCCUUGGUAACACUGAAGCACAAGAGCGUCAGCUAUGGAUUUUCAGCACCGUCCGGGAGGUAAAACGGGAAGUGGAGGAGUCGCCUCAGCCUCGGAGAGCAACCGAGAUCGCAGAGAGAGGCUAAGGCAGCUGGCCCUGGAAACGAUCGAUAUCAACAAGGAUCCCUAUUUUAUGAAAAAUCACUUGGGCUCUUACGAAUGCAAGCUUUGCCUGACACUGCACAACAAUGAGGGAAGCUACCUGGCACAUACCCAGGGGAAAAAGCACCAGACCAAUUUAGCUCGGAGAGCUGCCAAGGAAGCCAAAGAAGCCCCGGCCCAGCCCGCCCCCGAAAAAGUGAAAGUCGAAGUGAAGAAGUUUGUGAAAAUCGGCCGGCCGGGUUACAAAGUGACCAAGCAACGGGAUCCAGAAACAUGCCAGCAGAGUCUUCUCUUCCAGAUCGACUACCCAGAGAUUGCCGAGAGCAUCAUGCCCAGGCAUCGCUUCAUGUCGGCGUAUGAGCAGAGGAUCGAGCCUCCGGACCGGCGCUGGCAGUACCUCCUGAUGGCGGCAGAGCCCUACGAGACCAUCGCUUUCAAGGUACCCAGCAGAGAGAUCGAUAAAGCAGACAGCAAGUUCUGGACUCACUGGAACCGAGAAACGAAACAGUUCUUCCUCCAGUUCCACUUCAAGAUGGAGAAGCCCCCCACUCCCCAGACCAUCCCCGCCGGUCGUCCUCUACCCCCGGGGCCACCUCAGCUCCCACCAGCUCCCGGCGUCCCCCCUCCUGCCCCAAUGCCCCCGAUGCUGAGACCCCCUCUCCCCACAGACGGGCCUGGAAACAUCCCUCCGCCACCACCCAGCAACUGAAAAGCACCCUUGGUUUUUGGACUCUUCGUGGCAUCGUUUACGUGGCCACCUGUCAUUCCUGUGUGCCGUCGCUUUUUAAAAAAAAGAUAUCCCGAGGACUUUUGUUCACAACCUUGUAAGUUCAUUAAA